UGGUUGAAUGGGAGGAGUCUCAAUCUAAAAUGGCAGCCGCCACAAACAAGAACUGCAAGAUAUUGAAUAUUCUCUCCGAUAUUUCUCUUCGCCGGACCAUGGCUUUAAGAACAUAUUGGACGUUUGUGUUUCUUCUUAUUACAACAGGUCGAUCUUUUGCCGAAGAUGGUCAUCAUGAAAUGGAGGAGUUUCUGAAAAGGGAGCAUUCAUUGUCAAAACCCUAUCAAGGUAGCUCCGUUGUAUCACCCUUUAUUAUAGUAGAAUGUGAGAACACCGAAAAGAAUGCUGUAUAUUCGACAUUGCAACAAUGUUAUACUGACUAUUGAGUGUUGCUGGUCGUAAGAUUGUUUUUUUCUCCCACUACAUCAAGGGUCUCUCUCUCUCUCUCUCUCUGCUAUGUACAACUUAAAAUAUGACAACUGUCCCUCAGUCUCUUCUGUUUUAUGUGUGUUACAAACAAGAUUGUCAAAUAAUGUGUACUCAGGUGUGGGGUCCUCCAGCUCAUCCCAUUGGGAAUUGAUGGGCGAUGCCAUGGUAACCACAGAGCAGGUGCGCCUCACAACAGACAUGCAGAGCAAGCAGGGGGCAGUGUGGAGCCGCAUUGUGAGUACAGAACACUGCACACUGUUAUGUCUACAUCACUGAUACUGAUUCUCUCUAUCAGAGGAGGCUAGUGGGAGGAGCUAUAGGAGGAAGGGCUCAUUGUAAUGGCUGGAAUGGAAUAAAUGGAACGGAGUCUAAUGUGGUUUCCAUAUGUUUGAUGUGUUUGAUACCGUUCCAUUGAUUCCAUUCCUGCCUAUACAAUGAGCCUGUCCUCCUGUAGCUCCUCCCACCAGCCUCCACUGCUCUCUAUACAUUUCACAUUUUGCAUGGCUUUGCCAAAAUGGUCAUAUCUAUGUAUGUAUGUUUGCGUGUCCAGCCCUGUCACCUAAGGGACUGGGAGUUACAAGUGCACUUUAAGAUUCAUGGCCAAGGCAAGAAGAAUCUGAAUGGGGAUGGACUGGGAAUUUGGUACACCAAGGAGCGCAUGCAGAAAGGUACUAUCCCCACAAUGUAGUUCCAACAGAAAUAUCAGAGCGCAGGUACAAUGCAAUGCAACUGUAUAAAUGCAUUUCUGUCAUUGUGUAGGUCCUGUGUUUGGGAAUCAGGACCUCUUCACAGGGCUGGGUGUAUUUGUGGACACGUACCCCAAUGAGGAAAAACACCUUGAGGUACAGUAUGUGCAUAUACCCGUCAGCCUCUUCUAUGUGUUUCUGUGGAGGGAAGGAGUAGCUACAAUACUGUUACAUGUUAUGUCACAUACAGUGGGGAAAAAAAGUAUUUAGUCAGCCACCAAUUGUGCAAGUUCUCCCACUUAAAAAGAUGAGAGAGGCCUGUAAUUUUCAUCAUAGGUACACGUCAACUAUGACAGACAAAUUGAGAAAAAAAAAUCCAGAAAAUCACAUUGUAGGAUUUUUCAUGAAUUUAUUUGCAAAUUAUGGUGGAAAAUAAGUAUUUGGUCACCUACAAACAAGCAAGAUUUCUGGCUCUCACAGACCUGUAACUUCUUCUUUAAGAGGCUCAUCUGUCAUCCACUCGUUACCUGUAUUAAUGGCACCUGUUUGAACUUGUUAUCAGUAUAAAAGACACCUGUCCACAACCUCAAACAGUCACACCCCAAACUCCACUAUGGCCAAGUCCAAAGAGCUGUCAAAGGACACCAGAAACAAAAUUGUAGACCUGCACAAGGCUGGGAAGACUGAAUCUGCAAUAGGUAAGCAGCUUGGUUUGAAGAAAUCAACUGUGGGAGCAAUUAUUAGGAAAUGGAAGACAUACAAGACCACUGAUAAUCUCCCUCGAUCUGGGGCUCCACGCAAGAUCUCACCCCGUGGGGUCAAAAUGAUCACAAGAACGGUGAGCAAAAAUCCCAGAACUACAUGGGGGGACCUAGUGAAUGACCUGCAGAGAGCUGAGACCAAAGUAACAAAGCCUACCAUCAGUAACACACUACGCCGCCAGGGACUCAAAUCCUGCAGUGCGAGACGUGUCCCCCUGCUUAAGCCAGCCCCGUCUGAAGUUUGCUAGAGUGCAUUUGGAUGAUCCAGAAGAGGAUUGGGAGACUGUCAUAUGGUCAGAUGAAACCAAAAUAUAACUUUUUGGUAAAAACUCAACUCGUCGUGUUUGGAGGACAAAGAAUGCUGAGUUGCAUCCAAAGAACACCAUACCUACUGUGAAGCAUGGGGGUGGAAACAUCAUGCUUUGGGGCUGUUUUUCUGCAAAGGGACCAGGACGACUGAUCCGUGUAAAGGAAAAAAUGAAUGGGGCCAUGUAUCGUGAGAUUUUGAGUGAAAAUCUCCUUCCAUCAGCAAGGGCAUUGAAGAUGAAACGUGGCUGGGUCUUUCAGCAUGACAAUGAUCCCAAACACACCGCCCGGGCAACGAAGGAGUGGCUUCGUAAGAAGCAUUUCAAGGUCCUGGAGUGGCCUAGCCAGUCUCCAGAUCUCAAACCCAUAGAAAAUCUUUGGAGGGAGUUGAAAGUCUGUGUUGCCCAGCGACAGCCCCAAAACAUCACUGCUCUAGAGGAGAUCUGCAUGGAGGAAUGGGCCAAAAUACCAGCAACAGUGUGUGAAAACCUUGUGAAGACUUACAGAAAACGUUUGACCUUUGUCAUUGCCAACAAAGGGUAUAUAACAAAGUAUUGAGAAACUUUUGUUAUUGACCAAAUACUUAUUUUCCACCAUAAUUUGCAAAUAAAUUCAUAAAAAAUCCUACAAUGUGAUUUUCUGGAUUUUUUUUUUCUCAAUUUGUCUGUCAUAGUUUACGUGUACCUAUGAUGAAAAUUACAGGCCUCUCUCAUCCUUUUAAGUGGGAGUACUUGCACAAUUGGUGGCUGACUAAAUACCUUUUUUCCCCACUGUAUUAUAGGACUUUCUCAACUACUUCCUUCCUUUUUUUUUACUGUCUGGCAGCUGGGUUUAUUUAUGUGUCAUAUCCUGUCAAGUCUAGGUAACAUGUCCUGAUCUUCCUGUGCUCUGAGAGGUGGCUUUAGCUAACUGACAACCAACACCUCCCACCUCAAUACAGACCUGAGUCAUACAAGCAAGGCAAUACAGUGGAAUAUUUAUUAGGUUUUGUUGGAGUGCUUGUUUGGGCAGGGCUCACAGACCUGUGUAAUGGGUCUUGUGUUGUGAUCCUCUGUUUUGUGCAUCCCUAUGGAGACAGGCGCAGAAGACGAGGUACACCACACGCACACAGGUACCCCAUGUUUGGACCACCCAUACCACCCCCAUAUCAAAUGCCUCCCAUACCCCUCUCCUAAGCUACUACCAUCAACCCCUAAUGAACAUGCUGCCCCAUGUUAAAUGUUGUUGUUGUUGUUUCCUACCUAUUAACAAUUGGUUACACCUUGAAUAUAAUUUGCAUUUUAAUGAGUAGGGUAGAGAAUGAGGUCACUCAGGCAAAUAUUACCAGCAGUAUUGUAUUGUUGUGGAUGCUGCAUCUUUUACCUGUUGUUCUGGUUCGGUCUCUCACUAUUUUCGGUGCCUCCUUUCUUUUUUCACACCUUCCACCAGAGGAUCUUCCCCUUUGUGUUGGCCAUAGUGGGGAACGGAAGCAUUAGUUACGACCACGAACGAGACGGGCGUCCCACUGAGCUGGGCGGCUGCAACGCCAUGGUGCGCAACCUCAAACACGACACCUUCCUCUUCAUCAGAUAUGUCCGCCGCAGGCUCACGGUGAGAGCACGCACAUACACACACAUUUUAACGGUUCUAUGAUGUUAUCAAUAUCCAAGAUAUUGUGUAAUAACUAACUAAAUAAUAAUUAUGUAAUAACUAAUUUCAUCCAAGAUGCAUAUUGGGUCACUCCUAUAAAAACAUACUAGAGUCUGAGAAAACCGUUGUGUUGAAGUGAAUUGUUUCAUUCACACCCGUUAACUCAACUUUGCAAGAAAAUGUCAGAGAAAUGAUGCUUUGACUGUGCUAGGUAGUCCCUGGGCAUACCCUGUUCAACUAGCUCUCACAGUCUCACGUCAGAAUUAGAUGUUCGUCCAUGUUUCUCAAACGUCAAAUUUCGAAGUGUUUAAUGUUAUGUUUAGGCAUUAACUCAGACUUUUUGAGGUUAGGGUUAAGUUUGGGCAUUAACUCCGAAAUCUUAAGGUUAGGCAUUAACGCCGAAUGGUUAAAGUAAGGGUUAAGGUUUGGGAUAGGCUUAAAACAAAAAUCUCAAAAACAUUCUAUUUGUAUUUGUAUUUAUUAUGGAUCCCCAUUUUAUUAUGGAUCCCCAUUCCUGGAGUCCAGCAAAAUUAAGUCAGUUCAUACAAUUUUAAAAACAUGACAAUACAUUCACAGAUUUCACAAAACACUGUGUGCCCUCAGGCCCCUACUCCACCACUACCACAUAUCUACAGUACAAAAAUCCAUGUGUACGUGUGUUUAUAGUGCGUAUGUUAUCGUGUGUGUAUGCAUGUGUCUAUGCCUAUGUUUGUGUUGCUUCACAGUCCCCACUGUUCCAUAAGGUGUUUUUUUUUAUCUGUUUUUUAAAUCUAAUUUUACUACUUGCAUCUCUAUGUAGUACUGUUCGCCUCCCAUAGUCUGUUCUGGACUUGGAGACUGUGAAGAGACCUCUGGUGGCAUGUCUUGUGGGGUAUGCAUGGGUGACCGAGCUGUGUGUCAGUAGCUCAAACAGACAGCUCGGUGCACCCAACUUGUCUACACCUCUCAUAAACACAAGUAGUGAUGAAGUCAAUCUCUCCUCCACUUUGUGCCAGGAGAGAUCGACAUGCAUAUUAUUAAUAUUAGCUCUCUGUGUACAUCCAAGGGCCAGGCGUGCUGCCCUGUUCUGAGCCAACUGCAAUUUUCCCAAGGCUCUCUGUGGCACCUGACCACACCACUGAACAGUAGUCUAGGUGCGACAAAACUAGGGCCUGUAGGACCUGCCUUGUUGAUAGUGUUGUUAAGAAGGCAGAGCAGCGCUUAAUUAUGGACAUACUUCUCCCCAUCUUAGCUACUGUUGUAUCAAUAUGCUUUGACCAUGACAGUCUACAAUCCAGGGUUACUCCAAGCAGUUUAGUCACCUCAACUUGCUCAAUUUCCACAUUAUUCAUUAUGAGAUGUAGUUGAGGGUUAGGGUUUAGUGAAUGAUUUUACCCAAAUACAAUGCUUUUAGUUUUGGAAAUGUUCAUGACUAACUUAUUCCUUGCCACCCAUUCUGAAACUAACUGCAACUCUUUGUUAAGUGUUGCAGUUAUUUCAGUUGCUGUAGUAGCUGACGUGUAUAGUGUUGAGUCAUUCGCAUACAUAGACACACUGGCUUUACUCAAAGCCAGUGGCAUGUCGUUAGUAAAGAUGGAAAAAAGCAAGGGGCCUAGACAGCUGCCCUGGGGAAUUCCUGAUUCUACCUGGAUUAUGUUUGAGAGGCUUCCAUUAAAGAACACACUCUGUGUUCUGUUAGACAAGUAACUCUUUAUCCACAUUAUAGCAGGGGGUGUAAAGCCAUAACGCAUACGUUUUUCCAGCAGCAGACUAUGAUCGAUAAUGUCAAAUGCCGCACUGAAGUCUAACAAAACAGCCCCCAAUCUUUUUAUCAUCAAUUUCUCUCAGCCAAUUAUCAGUCAUUUGUGUAAGUGCUGUGCUUGUUCAAUGUCCUUCUCUAUAAGCAUGCUGAAAGUUUGUUGUCAAUUUGUUUACAGUAAAAUAGCAUUGUAUCUGGUCAAACACAAUUUUUUCCAAUAGUUUACUAAGGGUUGGUAACAGGCUAAUUGGUCGGCUGUUUGAGCCAGUAAAGGGGGCUGUACUAUUCUUAGGUAGCGGAAUGACUUUUGCUUCCCUCCAAGCCUGGGGGCACACACAUUCUAGUAGGCUUAAAUUGAAAAUAUGGCAAAUAGGAGUGGCAAUAUCGUCCACUAUUAUCCUCAGCAAUUUUCCAUCCAAGUUGUCAGACCCUGUGGCUUGUCAUUGUUAAUAGACAACAAUAAUUUGUUCACCUCUUCCACACUCACUUUACGGAAUUCAAAAUUUCAAGGCUUGUCUUUCAUAAUUUGGUCAGAUUUGCAAUUGUUGCUGGCAUGUCAUGCCUAAGUUUGCUAAUCUUGCCAAUGAAAAAAGUAUUAAAGUAGUUGGCAAUAUCAGUUGGUUUUGUGAUGAAUGAGCCAUCUGAUUCAAUGAAUGAUGGAGUUGAGUUUGCCUUUUUUCCCAAAAUUUCAUUUAAGGUACUCCAAAGUACUUGAAGGUAACAGUGCUCGCUGUUGCCCCUGGUGGCUGGUUUCCAUGUCAUCUCCCGGCGUCCUCAGACAUGGAUGGACGUCGAAUACUGACUUGUAUCACGGGUGACCUGGCUGACCCUGUCAACCAUACUCCCAAUCUCUGUCUCUGUCUCUAAUAGAUUAUGAUUGACAUUGAUGGGCAGCAUGAAUGGAGGGACUGCCUGGACAUACCGGGGGUGCGGCUGCCCCAGGGGUACUACUUUGGAGCCUCGGCCGUCACUGGAGAUCUCUCUGGUAGUACUCCCCUCUACUGUGUUUUACAUAGUAGCAUUAAUGAAAUGGCAUUUACAUCAACUGUUUAAUUGCCAUGAAUUAGCACCUAGUUUUCCAUUUACUUAAUCUACUUGGUGUUUCAUUGAUGUAUCUAAUUUCCAGUGAGAUGUGGCCAUCCCAGAUUAUUAUCACUAUCAUUUAUUUUGAUGUACUCAUUGUGACUACACUGCCCAGAAUGAAAUUCAUGUGACACAUAAGUCAAAUUCAGAGGGCACGGGGUCUAAUAGGGAACUAAGGUAUUGUAUUUUGGUCCAGUGAAGUUGUUUUUGCUGCAGUUUGCUUUGAAUGACUGAAACGUUCUGUUCCUCACAGACAAUCACGAUGUGAUCUCCCUGAAACUGUACCAGCUGACUGUGUUACGCAGUGAGACAGAGGAAAAGGAGGAGGAAGAGGAGAUCACUCUACCCAGUGUAGAUAACAUGGACCUACUAAAGAGUAAGGCUCGCUACCUCUCACACAAACAGAAGAACAUACACAUUCAUUAAUGUUACUCGGAUAACAUAGUUAUUCUUGAUAAAAAGCUCAACUACAAAUACUAUCAAAUUAUGUUAUACUAUUAGGGCUCUUUAACCAACUCAGUGGCAUGUAGAGUGCUCCUUAACCAACUCAGUAGAGUGUCUGCCCCAAGACUGGGAGAAGGUUGGGGGUUCGAUCUCAGGUCAUACCAGAGACACAAAAAAUGGGACCUGAUGCCUUUCUGCUUGUCACUCAGCGUUAAGGAGAUGGAUUGGGGGUAAGGCCAUGUGAUAACCUAGCUUCCUGUCCAGGGGGUGUACUUGUACAUCAAGCUGCCUCACGCUACAGAAACAGGAGAUGGGCUACUUCCCCUAUGGGCCGUUCUGGCUCGGACAAGGCGUACUUGUCUAAGGCCUACUUAUUAGGGCUCUUUGACACUUCCUCUAUUUUUCACUUUUUCUAUCCAUACUAAAAUCUCUCUCUCUCUCUGUGUCAGUGGGUGAGAAUGAAGAAGGGUGGAGUAGUAUUGCUAUGUUCUUCACCAUCCUCUUCUCCAUGCUGGGCUGUUUCCUGCUCAUCGUAGUCGGCCUCAUCGUCUACAGCCACUGGAACGAGAACAGACGCAAACGCUUCUACUGAGACGGAGAGAGGGUUAAAAGAAAGAGAGCGGGAGGGAGGGAGGCCUCCAUCAUAACCACUACUACUGUAGUCUGAGGACAAAACUGCACUGAGACACUGAAAUGAC